AUGAAAUAAAUAGUUUAUAAAGGAAUUUCUUUAUUAGGGUCUAGAAGCUUGCACAUAAACAAAGAUAUGGUGAACAGAUACAUAGGUUUGUGUGACCAAAGACGUAUCCUCUUCAUGUUUGGUGACAGGGACUUUUAAGCAAUAAUUGACUUUAAAUACAUCAGUGGAAUCCCCAUUUUUUAAAGGAUGAUAAUAAUAUAAAGCAGAUUUUUUUAAAAGAAAAAGGAACACAAUACACCUAUAAAUUUGAAAACACGUCAAGAGCAUUUUGAAUACUCAAAAGAGGCAGUGAGCAAUGAGAAACCAAAUAUCCUAUCAGCCUUUGGGUAAAAUGUACAACAGGUUGAAGCCUUUCUUUGCUGUCAUUUUUUUGCAAUUUGGGUUUGCAGGGAUGGAUAUACUUUCUAAGGUUGCAUUGAACGAGGGGAUGAGCAAUUAUGUAUUUGUUGUUUACCGCCAUGCCAUUGCCACUAUUGUCAUCACCCCAUUUGCGGUCAUUCUGGACAAGAAAGCAAGGCCAAAGAUGACUUUCUCAAUCUUUGCCAAAAUUAUGCUGCUGAGCUUACUUGAGCCAGUCAUUGAUCAGAACCUGUAUUUUUUGGGGAUGAAAUACACAACAGCGACAUUCGCAACUGCUAUGUCCAAUAUUCUUCCCGCCAUAACUUUUCUAAUGGCUUGCUUUCUUGGGAUGGAGAGGAUAAAGAUAAAGAGUAUUCGCAGCCAAGCUAAGAUAGUUGGGACAAUAACCACUGUUGGAGGAGCCAUGAUCAUGACACUAGUAAAAGGCCCAAUUAUUCAGCUGUUUAGGAAAAAAGGAAGCAGCAUUAAUGAACUUCAAAAGGGUGGGGUAAAUCUUCAACAUUCAAUUAAGGGAGCCCUAAUGAUUACAGUUGGAUGCUUCAGCUGGGCAUGUUUCAUGAAUCUGCAAGCAAUCACGCUAAAGACAUAUCCCACUGAGCUCUCCCUCACUGCUUGGAUAUGCCUAUUAGGAACAGCUCAGGGGGCCAUAGUGGCGCUUAUAAUGGAGAGGGGAAAUGCUAGUGUCUGGUCUAUAAGCUGGGACACCAAACUCCUGACAGCUCUUUACAGUGGCAUAGUUUGCUCGGGACUCACUUAUUACAUUCAAGGAGUAAUAAUGAAAGACAGAGGACCUGUUUUUGUGACGGCUUUCAGCCCACUGAGCAUGGUCAUUGUAGCUAUCAUGAGCUCAUUUAUUCUGGCUGAACAAAUGUACCUAGGAAGGAUACUUGGCGCAAUUGUUAUAGUUGCAGGUCUAUAUUUUGUUGUGUGGGGUAAAAGCAAGGAUUACGACUCUCUAUUCCCAUUAACUGACAACCAAACAGCACCAGCUAAGCAAACGAUGGAUCAAGAUAACAAUGGAGAUGGAAUUUCAUGUCAUGAGAUCAUCACCAUCGAUGCAUCUAACAAAGGAACCAUGACCAUAGAGGUACAAAAGUCUGAUAAAGGAAACCAGACCACAGCCUAGCAUACGUGUUUUCUAAAGUUAACAAGUUCAGACAAUUCACAGCUAUAAAAACAGUAGUAGACCUCAUUUUCUGAAGCAUCUUCCUUUUGAAUAAAUUGUUUAUUAAUGGUAAACGAAACUAGUGCCUGAAAGUGAGGCAAGGGAAAUGAGUAUGAUGCAGACCAUGAGGGCCAAAGAAGAAGAAAAAGAAAAUUUUGAAGAUUUAGUCCACUUUAAAAACUGGUUCCACCAUGGAGCUUAAUGGAUUUGAAGAGUUUUUAAAAAGUUAUAUUUAUACGCUUUGGGCAUUUUGGUAAUUCAAUUACUUAGCUCUAAGGUAAUCUCCUCAUUAAGUUGCUAGUGGUGAGCUAUUUGUCUACUACUAAUGAGCUACUUGCAACUUAAUGGGCAACUUACCUCUUAAUUAACCAUUAAGUAACCUAUUCAGUUCUUCUAUGUAAAGAGCUGUAACUUUUCUUUUGAACAAACAGGAGAUGCAAGAAAAA